CAUUCCAUCGCCGCCGGCCAUAUAAGCCCACCAGCGUCGGUCGGGCCAGCGGCAUCCACCAUCCCACGCCCCUCUGUGCGUCCCCCCGACACUCAAAGCCUUAACACGCCCCUCGCCAUUGUCUGCGGCCAAUCGCUCAUCAACGCCAGGCUCUCCUUCCCGUUUCCGCUCCUUGGCCCACUCUCCAUCUUGGUGCAUCCCUUCUCCUCCCAUCCCCACGAUCUAGCUAUGCUUAUCGGUCUGAAUCGCCCUCUCGCUGCCAGUGCUGCUUCGAUCUGCGGCGAGCUGGCUGCUGCUCCCUCGUUGGCUCAAGCCUCGCGACGCCUCUUCUCCCAAGGUCAUGCCUCGGCAAGACCGCUGGCUCUGGGCCAGGUCGUCCUGCCUGGAUAUGCUCUUCCUGCCCGAGCCGCCACCCAGGGUGCGGCCGUGUUCCUGUAUCCCCCGACCUCUCGGUCCUUCCAGACCAGCGCCCUCUGGCGCCAGGGGCUUGACCAUUUCAAGGAAGCCCGCGAGGCCCGAAAGAAGGAAAGCUCCGCAGAGACCGUCGCGGCAGCCGCUGGCGAGAAGGACUAUUUGCUCAGACACCCGGUCUAUACCGACACCCAACUCCAGUCCAUCGAGGUGACCCGUCGCGGCAAGCACGGCGUGCGCGACACCCUGGCCUACAACGCUGUCUAUCUCAUGCGCAAGAGCUUCGACUUGAUGACGGGCUAUACCGAAAAACCCGGAGGCAUGACCGAGCACCAGUGGCUCAACCGCAUGGUGUUCCUGGAGACGGUCGCCGGUGUGCCCGGCAUGGUCGGAGGAAUGGCUCGCCAUCUGCGAUCACUGCGCUCCAUGCGAAGAGACUACGGCUGGGUCCACACUCUCUUGGAAGAGGCCGAGAAUGAGAGAAUGCAUCUUCUGACAUUCCUCAAGCUCAAGGACCCCGGAAUCAUGUUCCGUCUUACGGUCAUUGUCACCCAAGGCGUCUUCUUCAACCUCUUCUUCCUGACGUACCUCAUCAGUCCUCGAACCUGCCACCGCUUCGUCGGAUACCUUGAGGAGGAAGCAACACACACCUACACGUGCGCUCUCCGCGAGAUUGAUUCUGGAUCGCUCAAACGAUGGCAAACUACUCCUGCCCCAAAGAUCGCCAUCCAGUACUGGAGGCUGAAGGAGGAUGCCACUGUCCGCGACGUAAUCGCGGCGGUUCGCGCAGACGAAGCCGAGCACCGAGAUGUCAACCACGGCCUUGGCGACCUGGAUAUCAACGACCGCAACCCCUUCUAAAUGGGGAAAAUGCUGCUCGUUUGUCCUGACCGCAGGGUUAUCUGCUUGGUUUGCACAAAGCCACCCAAGGAUUUCCCCCCCCUUCCUUUCCCCCCUCCUUCCUUUUCCCCCAUCCUCCACAUCGACGCAAUCCGCGCGUCCCAUGUCCGAUACACGAGCAAGACCAAGCGAAUCCCGCUGAAAUCCUAUGCAUGAUCCACACCGCUCUACCCCAUCCGCUUCUCUCGUUGCUCCUUUCCAGCGUGUGGAUAGAAUGCAGUUGGGCUGCAUCAUCGUUGUCUGUGCACAAGAACACAUUGAAAAUAGAGAUCCACACCUCAAACACA